CAUCCAGCGACCCGUCGCGGGUGGCUGCUGUGGAACUAUUUUUGCCUUUUUUUUUCUCUUUCCCAGCUAUUCUUGUGCUCUUUCUACAUCCCCCUUUCUUCUCUAUCUCAUAUAUGUAAAUCCAACCGGACAUUAGAGUUGUGAUCGUCUUGUUAAGUGUGUGUGUUUGUGUCCCCCGUGGCAGUGACGCACUGUGCGGGGGCAUCGUAGCCGGCGAGGAAGUGCUCCAGAGACCAUGGCGGAGAUAAACACGGAGCGGGUGAGUUUAACCCACGGAGGUGAGGGCGGGACAAACACGGAGCUGACGCAGGGUAAGAGCUGCAAAACAAAUGAGAUGAAUGACAGGGAGCAGACAGUAAUGGUGGAGAUGGAGGGCGAAGGCGAGGACACGGCUAUGGAGCUCAUGCGGUGUGUGCGCGAGCUAUGUGGAGGGCUAUUGGCGUGCCAACAGAUAACAGAGAAAAAAUAUGAGAUAUGAGCCACCCUAAGGGGAAGGAGAGGCUCAUGGAAGGCUUUAAGAGGGGAGACUCGGGUGCACGCCAGAGAACUAGUAAAUGACGAGCUGGUAGUGUAAUUUAUGAGUCUGUCCUUUUAUAUUGAGGACAGGGAGAUACUGGCAAAGUUGCAACUAUGGGGAGUAGCAGCAGUAUCUCCCAUUAAAAGAAGGAUGUGGCCAGGGACAAAUGUGGCAGACGGGACUAGGUUCCUGAAAGUAAAGUUUAAUAAUCAAAUACAAUCGCUGCCGUACUCUGCAAGAUUUGACACUGCGCUGGGGGCAGAGUAUUUCAGGGUGCUACACGAUAAGCAGGUGAAGGUGUGCAGGCUGUGCAUUAAACCCGGGCACAUAAUGAGAGAGUGCCCGGAAUUUCAUUGCAACAGAUGUGGAGUGCAGGGCCAUUAUGCAAGGGAAUGCAAGCAGGGGAGGAAUAAAUGUGAUCUGUGCCAGAACCUUAUGAGUGAAUGCAGAUGCAAUAAGAGUGAGGCAGAAGAUGACACAAGUGAGAAUGGAGAAGAAAGUGAGAGCGGAGGCAGUGAGGAGGGGGAGGCAGAGGAUAUGGAAAGGGUUGAGGAGGGAGUCGGAAAAGAAACUGAGGAGACUGAGAAGGAGGAUGCAAGCAGGCAGGAAGGAGAGAGGCCGGAGGAGGAGACGGAAGGCGGAAAGAAAGCUGGAACGAGAGGAAACGACGAGGAGGAGGAUGCGGGCAGGAGGAGAGGAGUGCUGGCACGUGAGGUGAGGACGGAGGCGACGGCAGAAAGGAGGAGAGACGGGGCGGAGAAGAAACCGCCAAAUAUGAAGGAGACGAGAGGGCCAGAGAAGGGGUCGAUGGUCGAAAGAAAAGACGGAGAGGAGGAAGUAGGCCCGGGGAGAAGGAGAAGAGAGGACGACACAGGAGGGAAGGAGAAGGCAACAGGUGGAGCGAAGCCCACUGAAACUGCAGAGGAGACCACCACGCCACAGACGGUGCUGUGGCCCGGAGGCGGCGACCCAAUUCCUGGUGGAGGGAGUUUUCUUCACAACCCUUUUUGUUUGGUGUGCUGUGUCACGGGUGGUUUGUUUUAUUAGUCCCUUCCCCUUUUUGUUUGGUUCUCGUCGCCGUGGUAAGUCACAGCCCUGUCCAGUUAGUUACUUAUUUUUAACUCAAGUGUUGGGUUUGUUUUGUGUUUCGACGAUGUGAAUUUGUGUUUAUUAAAGUUGAUUUAUUAUUGAUUUAAACACGUCUCUUGCCCCAAGUGAUUCCAACGAACCUGUGCUGUUGCACAUAUUAUCAAUAGUUUAUUCCUGAGGUAAAACUCCUCAGGUGGCGUUGUGGGCAACCUUUCAUUUACCGCUUUGCUACAUUCUGGCGUUGCUGGCAGGAUCUCACAUCUAAAGGGGCAGAGACGUGUUUUACUUUAAGGUCUGUAAAUGUUAAGGUCUGUAAAUGUGUUCAAACUAUGAGAGGCGUCCUCUCAUAAUUUGAGUGUUGUGUAUUCAGUGUUAAAGCCAGAACAGCAGUGUUUUAGUCUGAGUUCAUUCCACAAGCCAUUUUGUCAGGCCUCGGUGCAGCUUUACUUCAUCAUGGAGGAGGAGAUGCAACAACUUAGGGAGACCGUGUCACAGCUUAAGGCAGACAACGAACUACUUCGCCAGGCGCGUGCUGCAUCUCCGUUGGACCCCGGUGAGGCUGUUUUCUUUCCCUCUGCUGCAGCAAGUCAGGCACCGACUCCAAACAUAGCCGCCGCUGUCACAGAGCGACUGGUUGUGGUUCCUAGAGACCGUAAGUGUCCCAUGUUCAAUGGCAGGGCAGGCCUAGGAAUAACUGAGUGGAUAGAGGAGAUACAGGCAUGUGUGCGUGCUCGCCAUCUUCUUGCUGCUGACCAGGCCCUUUUUAUGGUUGAUCAUUUAGAGGGAGAGGCAAAGGAGGAAAUUAAGUUUCGCCCUAGUGCAGAGCGGCGAGACCCAGUACAGGUUCUUGCUUUAUUAAAGGAGCUAUAUGGCUGUGCUCAGUCGUACGUCACAUUACAACAGGCUUUCUUUUCUCGACGCCAACUCGAAGGAGAGACGUUGCAGGAGUUUUCCUUAGCUCUCAUGGCCUUAAUGGCACGGGUUAAGCAGUGUGCACCUGAUGGGAUGCCUAAUUCUGAUGUCCUCCUCAGGGAUCAGUUUGUGGAGCAUGUUCUCGAUAGCUCCCUUCGCCGGGAACUCAAGCAACUAGUUAGACGCCAGCCUACUGGCACCUUGUUGGAGCUUCGUGGUGAGGCAAUUAGGUGGGAGAGGGAAGGUCUUCCAGGGGGGGAUAGGGGUCGUAGCUCCUCCUUUCCAUCAGCUUAUGGUCUUCAAUAUGGAGUGCAGGGUCGCUUUCAAACCGCCCCUCCUGUUACUUCACCGGGGCCAGGGUUGAGUGAGUUGAUGGACCUUAUGAAGCAUCAACAGGAGCAGCGUAACCAGCUCACCCAGACCGUAGCCUCUCUACAGGCCCCCCGCUCCCAAGGUCAGACUUUUAAUAGUGGUCCUUUAAUCUGUAGAAGGUACAGAAAAUGUCCAGCAGCCUGGACAUUUUGCUCGGGAUUGUGAGGGUGAGCGGGCUCCAUUUCGACGCCUUGCUAAUUCAGCAGCUGGGUCGAACCCACGCCCCACCGCACCGUCCCAUUUCACUAGGCGAUCGGAAAACUGAAACCCACUGAGCUGCGGAGUCACAGCACAGUUGGGGAGCCCACAGACUCACAGGAAAGUGUAGGUGCUGAAUUAAUUUCUGCAUGUCCAAACAUUAAUGUAUUGAUUGGAGGAGUCACUGCUUUAUGCCUGGUGGACACUGGUUCCAUGGUGUCCACCGUUACUGAAAGCUUCUUUCUGGAGCAGUUUGC